AUGCUAUUGGAUUUGAGUGGUAGAAAACUAUGUUCACUCCAUGAUAACUUUUUUGUUGUUGAGGAACUUGCAAGGAAUAAUUUAAGAUUUGAAGAUAUUACUGAAUUGGACGUGACAGGGUGCGGGUUGGAUGACUUGUUUGGAAUUGACCUCUUUAAAAACCUGAAAACACUGGUAGCUUCAUAUAAUAAGAUUUUUCUCUUGGACCCCUUGGUAUCUUUGGACUUGAAGAAAAUUGUGUUGGAUAACAACAACGUAGAGCAAUUGUAUGUUAAACAGCUGAAGAAUGGAAUGACCGUAUUGUCCUCGGACCCCGAUAAUGAUUAUACCCAAAGAUUCUUAAACUUUACACUAAGAGUAGACGGUAACGGACAAGUCCUUAGGAAAUCGGAAUUGGAGUACGUUGAUUUGAGUAACAAUAAGAUCAAAUUUAUCAAAAACAUGGCGUUUGAUAGGAAAUUAAGCAUCAAGGUCCUGAACUUGUGUAACAAUAACAUUUCUGAUUUCAGUGGACUGGAAUCGAUAGUAGGCCUGAACAGACUGGACGUGUCGUCCAACGAAGAAUUUGAUAUGAAACAUCUCGAGAGAUUCGCAUCAUCAGAUCAGUGCAAGAUAAAUUUGCAGUCUACCAGGCUAACGAACGAGUAUAUGGUUCCCUACCUCCUUGAUAGAUACGAAAACAUGGUCAUUCACCAUGAAACUGACAAAACUUAUCAUGACAGACUUAGAAACCCAUACAACUUGCACCUAAACAGGCUCAAAAACAAACGAUUCACAAAAUCGUACGGAGAAUACGCAGGAUUUUUGUACGAAGGAGAAGCAUCUCCCAUGGAACUACUCACGCCCCGGUACGUGGACGCCGAGAAAGCCAGUGAGACUGCACAUUGCAUCCAGAAUCCAGCAAAUAUGAUCUCACAGCUGGAAACACAGUCCACCGUUGACAAUGUCGACGACAAAUUAUCAUCGAUGGCCCUAAAUAAUGAGUUGAACUACCAGUACCAUUAUAAUGAAUAUCAAGGCCUCGAUGAAUAUGAAACGGGAAAAAUCGGCAUAGAAAAGGUUGAUAAACUAAUAAGUGAUCCAAAAGAACUGGAUUUUUUAAUUUCUUCCACGGAAUUGUGUAAAAAGAUAGACAUGUGGAGCGACGAUAUUAAAAACUCACUCUAUAACCACAUGAGCGAUUAA